AUGAAGACAUUUAUAUAUGUGAGCAAGUUUGUUUUUUUUUUUUCUAAGAAAACAAUUAUUAUUGUUGUUAUUAAUGUUAUUUUCAAAAUGACUUUCUUUUUCCAUCUGAAAUCAAGAUUUAAUGUUUGGUACAAACCCAGAAAGGGUCUUUCACAGUUGAGACCUUUUAUCCCCAGAGAUCUGAAAUAUUGUUUGUGGGUUUUGAUUGUGCAUUUUCAAGUGCUUAAAAGUUUUAUAAAGGGAGAGAAAUUUUUAAAUAUUCUUACUUGGAAUGGCUGCAACGAAUCUGAACAAAUACCUGAUUUUUCUUUUACCAUUGAAAAUAGUACUUUUUCCAUUUCACAGAUUUUUAAAAAAUUCUCGUCAGCCCACAUUCUGGCUUUCCAAUAUUCUUCGCAUUUAGCUCUCAGCAGAACUGAUGAUUUUUCGAAACCAUUUCUGGGGUGUACCAAAAACAUUGGAAUAGGUUUUGAACUGCUAGAUCCAGUCCUUGCCUUUCUUCGGUUUUCAUUACCCUCUCAGCAUGCUAGCAGAGAGCUGAGUGAGUCCAUUCUUGCAGUCAUAUUGCUUAUUUAG